AUGUCAAGUGAAGGUAUCAAAUUGGACUGGAAUGGGGGUCAUGGCGCUGAAGGCGGUGACCAAGACAAACGAUGCCGAUGGUAUCGGGCUAGAAGGGAUGAUAGCGCCGGUGAGAGUUUCCUUUCCGCCCAAAGUUUCCCAGGAGUGGAGCCAAGUCUAUUCAAAUUCGGGCUUCAAAACCACAUGCCAUAUCACACGAGUAGUGGGUCGGGGUCUAGAGACAUAAAAUGGGUCAGAACUCAACAGGGGCAAUCAGAACAUAGUUCGCGGGCUAGGGAGCAAAAGGACCCUGGGCGAGCGGACCUGACCCAAGCCCAGCUCCAAUGGCUUUGUUGGGGUCUAGCAUUGGGGCCGGAGCUAGCAUAUAAUGUAGAAGAGCUUUGUGGGCCGGAACUGGAACUGGAGGAACAAGCGGGCCGAAAGUUGAAUCGGGCGGAGCACGGUGGGAGGAAGCAUGUCGCCAAUGGGUGGUCGAAGAACCGGGUCGAGUCGUCCAGAUGA